AUGCGGCGCACUCUGGCACUGUAUAAACAAGGACGCUCACGAGAGCCGAACGUGGGUCGACUUCUCUACGGCAAACGCAAGAACGUUGUUCAUCGUACCAGCGAAGCCAAGCCCUCUGUGACGGCUGUUCUAGCGCAGACCCCGACGGAGCGGCUGCCGGUGGCCGUGAAGCACGCCUUGCGGGUGAACGAGCUUCCCCGGGAGCAGAUCUCCGCUCUUCUCAAGCAACACCGCGCGUUGCGCCGGUUCGACCGCACCGAGGUGGUCGUUCAGGCCCUUCGCGAUGCCAAGCAGCCUCUAACGUCGCAGCACUACUGCGUCCUCAUGGCACACGCAAAUGACGAGCGGCAAACGCACAAAGCGCUGCAGUUCUGGAAGGACGCCGUCUCGGAGGGUAAGGUGAAUGAACGCCUUCACGGCGCCCUCCUGUCGACCUACCGCAACGCCGGUAACUGGAGGGCGGCAAUGCGGCACUGCGAAAGCAUGUGGCGGGAUCAGCAGGUGUUGGACCCUCUUGCUGUCCAUGCUGUCAUGAACGCGUGCCGCCGCUACGGGCCCUGGCAGAUGGGCCUGAAGGUCUUCUCGGACGCCGUCCAGCACGGCACGAAGCCGAACGGCGUCGUCUACCUCGAGCUCCUUCGCCUCAUCGCACAAAGCAAGAUGCCGGCACGGUGGGCGUACGGUCUGGCGAUUCUACGCGCACUGGAGGCAAGCGUGGAGGUGACGGCGGGGCACUACAACGCGGUGCUCGCCACCAUGGGGGGCCGCAACUGGGAGAAGGGCAUCGAACUGUUCCACUCCAUGCAGGAGCACAACGUGCAGCCCAGCACCGAGACUCUCAACACAGUGCAGCAGCUUCAUCCACACAGCGUGGCCCACUGCAUCCGCUGCGUCGCUGAGGCGCACGCGCUUGGCAUGCCCAUAACAGACACCAUGUACCGCAACGUACUGCUGAACCUUUUCCGAAUGCAGCUGAACCACGAGGCGACCCAGUUUGCGGAGCGCGAGUACAAGCUGGACUGUGUUGAUGCCGGCAACCCACUCACCCACACACUGUCCCUGAGUGUCGCCAUGAUGGAUGCGCUGCUCUCCCAUCCCCGUCCCCACGACGCCCUGCUCGUGUACGAGUCCUUCCAGGAUAAGAUUGGCGACGUUGUGGCAGCUGCGACGCGGCAGCUCGGAACAAGCGGCUCGCUGGAGCAGCGCUGGCUCGUGCAAGGGCGGGUGGCUGUCGUCGACCACAACGUCCUGCUCUCGACGACCUUCGAGUCCCUUAUCCACCACUACGACUCGGUGUUUGUUCCGUUUGCGUCCGUGCGCCUGCUGGUGCGGCGCGCCCGCGAGAAUGGCAACUCAAUGCAAGGGCUCCAUAUAAAGACGACGCUGCGUCGCAUUGGACUUCUGCUAAAACGGGAGGAGUGGAGCAUGCUGCGUGUGCUUCCCUAUGCGCACCAACUUCUUGCACACACGUACCUCUGCGAAGGGGGGCCAGCCAGUCCUGAGGCGCUGAAGGCGCUGCGUGAAGAGGCGGAGACGCAGAGCCUGCUGCCCGGAAGCCCUCCGACUCCGGCCGCAGUUGCGAAGGCCGCUUCCGCGUAUGGUCAAGCGCUGCUGAAGCGUCUCACACCUGUUGGGGAAGUCGCUGAGGGAAUCUGCGCCGUGGGAGUCGAUCAGAGUGAAGAACGGGACACAGAGGACGCCGCGACGAACCUCGUGAUACGUGAAGCAGGUGGAGGCGCUGCCGAUACAGGCGCUUCCUCGCUCGUCUCUCCGAAGGCGUCGUCCGCCGUGACUGCACCCUUCCCUAUGGUGCUGCACUCUCCCCGCCGCAUCACCUCCGUGGAGCGCGUGACAGCGGUGGCCGCCAUGCUCAAGUCUCUCAACCCCGAUGCGGAGGUGCACGUGCUUUCCACAAACGCGUCGCAGCUUGCAGCGGUGUGUCAUUGGAAUGCAGUGCGUGUCGGCGUCCUUCUUGUCCCGGUGCACUACCCCGAUCAACUCAGGCAGAUGGCGCCGCCUGCAUUGCCGAUCAGCGAGGGCGCCGUCGCCGCUGCAAUGGCUGCAUCCGGUGUCAGAGGGCCAAAGUCACGACUGUAA